ACGCAAAGAUCAUGAUCGUCACCCUAAUCAUCCCUCGAGAGUCAGUGACUUCGAAAUUCAUGUUUUUCAUCAACAGAAACAGAGUUCACCGUUAUUUCAUGUGAAAGCGAUUGCUUGUGACUUGUGACGUCUCCCGAUGGAAACGAGGAAUACCUGAAACCGAUUAAGGUGGCUGAUCCGAUCCGAUCCCGAAGAUACCAUUUCCAUCGAAGCGCUUGAGCUCGCGCGGCAUCUGCGAAGAUCAGUGACAACGUGACUCUGGAUCGCUCGAGAAUGUCGAAAAAUUUCCUGUGGUCCCUACUCGGAGAGGAGUCUUCCGCUCAGCAAUACCAGGAGGCGGACAUAGUCGCCUUGGAUCAUGCGUACGCUCGAUCGUGGAACUCGCAUCCCGUCUCCGUGCACGCGCGUCCCGCAGUCCUUCUAUUUGUCACGAAGGAGCAGUUCCAUGAAUCUCGGAACCGGAAGAACUCGAUGGUCCUCGUCGAUGUGGAGUCCGUCAGCAACAAGCCCCAGCCAGUUUUCUACGAUCAGUCCAAAUGUAAGAAUAUGAUCGACGAAGUCGAACGACACGUUCGGACGCAACAGAAGUGCAUCCCGGACGAAAUUUGGGAUGAAGAUCGAGUCUCGAGGGAAAAUUGGACGCGAGCUCAAAGUUCCGCGUUCGAUCGAAUGUAUGAAAUUCUCGAUCAGGAGAAAAUCGCGAGAUAUUGCUUCGAGAGCCAAUCAGGACAGACAUCUGGAUUCAUAUCACGGAGGACGUCCCUCGAUAAAGCCGCUCGGCGAGUGAGGCAACUCUUCGCCGAUACCAUGUGGGAUCAGGUUCUUUUGCAGUGGCUGCACUCGACGAUAAUCGAAAAUCUACCCGUGAGCUAUUGUGCGAUAUACGUCGAGAUUCUGCAGACGCUGAACUCGAAAAUCCCCACGCUGAUCUCGAAGCUUUUCACCCGUUGCUCCGGCGGCACAUUCAAACAGUCGAUAGCCGUGGAUUCGCUGCUGGCUCUUCUCAAAAGACCCUGGGAUCCGAUAGCUCCUCUACUUUGUGUGAAUCGGCCGAAGAAAUUGCCCGGUCCACCGGUGUUCAUCGUGGUGCCGAGCGGUCUCACCCAAAACCCUAAUUUCCCUCGAAUAAAGUUCUGGUAUAAUCAUCUAGCCCAUCUCGGAAAAUUGAUCGCGAUACCCAUCCCGAUCGUAAACGAACCCCAUCUGACCGUAGCGAAGCAGCUCGAAGUCACGAUCGGCGUGGUGAAGAACAAAGUCUGCGAGGUCAAGCUGCAACUGCCUGGAAGACCGAUCGUUCUGAUUGGAUGGAAUAGCGGGGCGCUUGUUGCAAUCCAUACGUCGCUGAUCGAGUCAGUGUCUGGCGUCGUGUGUAUGGGUUCCCCAAUGGCAGGUUUGCUCGGUCCCAAGCAGCUUGACGACCCAAUCCUGGAUUCAAGGACGCCGGUCCUCUUCUGCGUUGGACAGUUCGAUAGGUCAUGCUCUCUGGACGACCUCGAGGAUUUCCGGGGGUACAUGAAAUGCGAGACCGGAGUAGUUGUGGUCGGCGGAGCUGAUGCAAAUCUCCACAUGAGCAACAAACACCGCAGGAUGUGGGGAUUGACGCAAGCAAUGGUCGACCGUUGCAUCGUCGAAGAGCUUUACACUUUCCUCUCCCAAGUUCUCGUCAACAUCAAUUGUACCCCAAUGUCGCCCAUACCGCCGAGAGGUGCUCACGAACGGAAAACCGAACCGGUGAACAGCAGUCAAGCCGCCGUGGCUUCUGCGCGAACCGACGGGACGCCGGUCUCUGCACCUCGGAAAAACCGGAAACGGGAACGCAGUAUCGACGAAGACAGUUUCUCCUAUUUCUUCCACAACUCGACGAAUAAAAGAGGACCGGGCAGACCUCGCGUGCUGAAACCCAGUCGUCAGUCGACACAUGGUGUGAAAACGAGUCCGGUUCUAGAACCGUGUCAGACUGUGACUCAUGCGGCCGCCACGACAGCUACGAGCGUUCUCACCAAAGAACUAACGCAACUGAAAGCCGUCAAACCGAUAACGGCUCAUGUUCGUGCCUCGCCCACGAAGAACCCGAUUUCAAUUGGUAAACUCGGAAGUUUGAGUAGCCUCUCUCAACAGGGAUCUUUAUUGAUUUCGAACCCGAUAAGAGAUGAACAUCGAAUGGUGAACCCUCAAGACGUUCUUGGGAUGGUUCCCUCUGAUCAGUAAACUUGCAUUGGCCGUGUGGUGAA